CCGAGGAGUCCAUUUGGGUCAGGUGCACUGAAGACCACACGCGCAGGGAGGCAACUAGCCGGACCUACGACCAGGAAAAACAACAGACAGCAAAGUGUAACGGGAGGGCGAGGACGAAGAAACGAGUGGGUAUCUAGAAAACGUGGGAUUCGCAGGACUCCACGAAAAUGGCGCUCUUCGGCGAUAAGGCCAAGAAAAGAUGGUGGCUGUUGAUGAUCGUCUGCUUGACAUCGCAGCAUUUCUACCCAGUUAUUUCCCAUGCUAAUCAGCUGGAGAGAAAAACUAUAGAGAAAAAGGCUGUGCAUUCUGAGGACAAAAGGGAGGCAGAACCUGCCGACGAACGCUUGGAAAAAUCGGACACAGCAGUUGUCCUUCGUUCUGAUACGAAAAUUCUUCACAGGCAAAAAAGAGUUCUCCCAGUGUUGGUUUUCAUUCUUGUCAACUUCUGGGAUGAUUUGGUCUGUUUGGGCCUGAAUUUGGCAACCAUGUUCAACUGUGGAAGCUUGACGCCAGGAACAUGCCAAAAGAUUAAAGACCUCGACAAAAAGAGAGACCGGAUUAAGAGAAAAGUCAACCAAACCCUCGACGAAGAGGCCCACUGGAGCGUCCUCAACCGGACCAAUGACAAAGCUAUCACAAGCCUGUAUAUGAUAGGGAAAGAACUUGAACUCGUAGCCAGCUCAAAUAUUCGUUUGAUGGAGAAUCUUAAAGCACUAGAGGUCGUACAGGAACAGUCUGAAGCCUAUGUGCCCGAUGACAACAACAAUCUAAUCGAGCAACAAGUCCGAUUCCGCAUGAAUGUGACGCAGUACCUGAACGGAAUGAAAGGGGUGUUGGAGGGCGUGAGGGGACAGCUUGAUAUGAUGCAGAAGAAAGAUUAUAUGUAUUUUGCCAUGGCAACUGCAAUUCCAUUGUUGGCCAUGCACACCGGAUUGAUCACGACCUCGGCAAGAACGGCGCUGUUGACCCGAUCGCAGAACUACCAGGUUGUUGAAUUCUUCGGGAAAAAAGGCUCAUACCAGCUUGCGACUAAUCCGCAGGGGAAGAUGUUCAUUGUUCAGGAAAACCCCCAAAAACUUGGGAAGCUGAAAGUCUAUGCGAAACUGGACAGUAACGGAAAGGUGGGAAAAUUCUGGAAGUUCAUGAUGCCAUCGGGCCAAAGAGCAGCAACCAACAGUUUCUUAAAUUCUAUAGACUUCAAACAAGCCCAGCGAGUCGUCAAGCUGCAGGCUCUUGAUCCGGACUAUCUUAAGACUUUGAAGAAAACUGGUUAUACUUCGGCAUUUCUCAGAUCUACAGAUGGACUGGAUUCUGCAAAAUUCACCGAAUUCGUCAACAACGCAAAAACCAAGCAGCCAAAAGCUUUGUACGGAGCAAGCGCCGCCACCGACGCAAGCCUUCCGAAGUGGAUGCGACAGGUUGUUUCUCCAUUCGAUCCAAGUGACGUAAAAGCAGUGAGCGCGUACAACAAACUUAAAGCCGCCAACCCAGCGCUCCUUGCAGAUCUUGAAAAAACGGGGAAAAUAGGCAACUUCCUCGACAAAUCCAAGGGCUUGCCUGACGCUGACUUUGACGAUUAUGUCAAAAAAGUUAAAUCCGCAAACACUAACGUUGACGGCCUCAAGAACUUUGACUUCGACGCACCGGCCAAGAAGGUGAAAUGGGGAAGCUGGCAGAAAAUGAAGAGCGGAUGGAGAUCGUUUUCCAACAAGAACUUGUUCAAUUUCAGGGGAAGAAAGGUAUGUCUGCAGUUAGGGCGAAUGCACGGAUUAAUGUAUUUUGCGUUCAUUCUUUUGUAUGACCUCUUUCGUCUAAUAUAUGAAUCUACCUUUUUUGCCCACUAUACUUCAUACAAAUUGCCUGUCUAA